GUCGCUGUCGUCACGUCCGCCACCGACAUGUUCGCGGUGCUGCCGCUACUGUGAGCAUCGCGCACUUCUUUGAGAGCAGCGGCGUGCCCGGCCGUACCCACAGCAGCGAGAACACGUGGGCCAGCAUGAACAAGGAGAUGAAGAAGGAGACGCCAGGCCACGGCCUCAAGGUCGAGUACCAAGCGGUGCUCUCCAUCAGCGGCUGCUCCAAGAAGCUACGCACGUGUGAUGGGAGCGUCCCCAACUAUCUAACGUCAUUGAGCACCCAGUACCAUAACAUCCAAUAGAGACUUUGAGCCGAC